AGAGGAGUAGCUGCUGCAGAGAUGGCGUCGGGACGGUACAUGGCCUACUCGCCCUCCCCGUCAACCACCCCGCACUCCCCGCGCAUCUCGGGCCUCCGCGCCUCCUCCGCCGCCGUCGCCGAGCAGGAGAAGUACCUUGCGGAGCUGCUCGCGGAGCGCCACAAGCUCAACCCGUUCGUCCCAGUGCUCCCUCACAGCAUACGGUUGCUGAACCAAGAAAUUAUACGUGUUUCCACACUGUUGGAGAACGCCUCCCUUUUAAAUCAAAGUGGCCUUGAACAUGGUAGUCCACUAACAUCUGGAGGAUUAUAUUCAAAUGGAGCAGCUACUGACAUGAAUGGGUGGACAUCAGCAUUUCAAUCAGAAAGUUCAUCUGCUUAUAGCUGGCGCGGAGGUUCUCAAGGCAGCUCAUCUGGACUAAUUGUUAAGAAACAAAUGAGGGUUGAUAUUCCAGUAGACCAAUAUCCAACAUACAAUUUUGUUGGUCGCAUCCUUGGUCCUAGAGGAAAUUCCUUGAAGCGAGUGGAGGCGACUACUGACUGCCGUGUGCUAAUAAGAGGUCGGGGAAGCAUUAAAGAUCCAGCUCGGGAGGAAAUGAUGCGAGGAAAGCCAGGAUAUGAACAUCUGAAUGAACCCCUUCAUAUAUUGGUUGAGGCAGAGAUGCCUGUUGAAAUUAUUGAUGCUCGUCUGAUGCGAGCCCGUGAGAUCCUUGAAGAUCUGCUUAAGCCGAUGCAGGAUGAGUCUCAGGACUUCUUCAAGAAGCAGCAGCUCCGUGAGCUUGCAAUGCUCAAUGGCACCCUUCGAGAAGAAGGGAUGCAAAGAUCUGGUUCUCAAUCCCCUUUCCACAACAGCCUUGGAAUGAAGAGGGCCAAGACAAGGGGGUAAAUGGUCAUGUGUACCAAGGGAGAACCAAUCAUCUAUCCUGAGGCUGAAACUGAGUAUGCCUAUGGGUUUGCCUUCCUGGCUAAUGGCGCAAAAAUGGUCUCGCACCACUAGCAUCGGAGCGGCCCGUACUUGAUAAUACAUAUAUCUGGAGUUGUGUUGGCUGCUACUGAAGGGGUUUGGUUAUGGCAACAUUGGAUGUUGACUGUUGAGCUAUGUAUUGGGUUGUGCAAAGUUUGGUAGCAAUGUGGUUUGUGUAUUGCUAUGAGCUCUUGACUAGGGUUUUGAUAUAAGUCUCUGUGCUUGUAUUUUGAAGUUUUGAAGGAUGUUGUCUAAUUAUGUUAUUUGGGAUUGAAUAACGUUGUAAUUUGAACGCACUUCUAUGAAUUAGAUAUUGUACUCCGUACUA